AAUGUCCUGCUCACUCUCUCACAGACAUGCCCCACCCCAGAACCAAGACUGACAAGUGCAUUGAAGACCUUAAAAGUGUGGAGAAGAAGUCUCGAUCCCUCCUCAGGCGCCAUCACAGUGACCACCACACUAUCCAGCACCAGGUUCUGACCCAGCAGGGUCAGAGUCGGGGCUGCCAGCGCCACUGUGUGGAUGAGAACCUGGAGCGCAGGAACCACUACCUAGACCUGGCCGGCAUCGAGAAUUACACAUCCCGCUUUGGAGCAGCCCCCACCACAGAGCCUGUGAAAGCAGAGCCACAGACCCGACCAUCGAACCAGACCAGGUCUCGCUCUCAUGAACCAGAGAACGGCCACACCUACUCCCACCACCAUCGAUCACAGGUGGCCAUGGAGAGCAGCACCGCCCCAGGCCCUGACACCCUUUGUCCCCCACGACCGAGUAAAGACUCAGGUAAACACGCCCUGCGCUCCCCCAAGACCCACAGCCGGAUGCACCCCACACAGACCACCACGGGCAGGGUGAUGAGGAGCAGAGGGGCCCCACCUCCCCCGGCCCUACCCAGCCAAGCCCCCCCUCACCAGUCCUCAGCCCCCUACCGCAGGCACAAGCAGAGGGCCAAGGAGGGCCAACAGCAGUACCGGGCCCUGGGGGCUCCAGUGGGGUCUGUGGUGGAGAAGGAGCAGGUGAGGGUCCUACCCAGUGUGCUCCUCUAUGAAGGAGGGCUGGCCCAGAUGGUUCAGAGGCACGAGCAUCAUCACCACCAUGAACACCACCACCACUACCACCACUUCUACCAGUCCUGAGSCAGCCAGCCAGCCAGCUCCCUGCCCUGCUGCCCCCGGCCCCAGAGCACCUUCUCACAGCCCCACCUCAACCUGGCUCCACUGCCAGGCCAGUAGACUCUACAGACAGACAGGCCCCUCCCACACAGCACAGCAACAGCACAGCCAGAACUUUGUCACUGUCAGGGGGAGUUGGGUCUUGCAUGGCCCCGUGGACUAAGAGGACAGGACAUCAAGAGGAGUUGGACAGACAAGGGGAGGUGCAGGGUGAAGAGGGUUAUUAUGGGGUUGUCCAGGCAUGAAGAGUCCCUGUGAGGCAGCGGGACAGUGUCUUGGUCUUCAGGCGUGCCAGGAACCAGGAGCAGGACAGGGCAGAGGGAUGUAACAGGGGAGCCUGAGAGGAACAGAAGGAGAUAAGAGACUUGGCUGUAAUCUUUCAGAGGAGUCCUCUCAUCCCUCUCUGUCUGUCUGGUUCUCUGAAACCCUUUACUCUGAUGGACUAGCUGACUUCACGAAGCCAUACUGGCACUGCCAUCCUCACAGACCUCUAUGUUUUGGGGAAGGGGAAUCGGCGGUGAAGGGCUGGUUUGGAUGGAAAGACUGAUGUAAAAAGAUAAAAUAUAUGAUGCUCAGUGUCCAGUGAGUUUGUGUUCGAGAGAGAGCGAGAGAGUGAGUGUGUGUGCGUGCGAAAGAGAAAAAUGUGUACAUUUGUGUGUAUGAAUAUACAAUGUGUGUGUGUGUGUGUGUGUGUGUGUGUGAGCAUGUGUGCAUUGGUUCAUAUGAGUGUGUGGUGUAUGGUGUCUGGGUGUAUGGUGUCUGUGUGCAUGUAUUACCUGUCUGCUGUGACACUCCUGUCGCCACUGAAAACCACUUGAAAAGCACUUGUGGGUGCAGUUGCAUUGGAGACACUUUGGGCUGUCAGAACAGAGGACUGACAGGCAUCGGCUGGAUAUGAUGAAGACAAGAUCAUCCAGCUCCUGAAUCUCACAUGCAAUACAGGACCCUCCCUGAGAGAACAAUGUUGAAAUGUUCAGUGAGAAUAGAAGACUGUAAUCAGCUGCUACCUCUAGUGUUAUUAAUGGAAUUGUUGGUGUUAUUAUUAUUGUUAUUAAUCAGAUGCUAUUUUUCAGUUACAUUUUGUUCUAUUUUUUAAAGAUGACACAAUCUGCAGUAAUAUAGUGUUGAAACGUUCCUACAUGUUUUACCUACAUAUUGUAUGUACAUAUAUUAUCAACAUUAUACGCUUUAUUUAUAAUG